CCCACUCUCUCUCUCUCUGUUUGCUUGCUUUAUAUUUGUCGCGCUCUGCUCUUCAGUUCUGUGGAGGAAACUCAAAACUGUACCCAUAAAACGAUCGGUAUACAAAGCCAUGGCUCUUAAGCCUAAUCUAUUCCAUACUCAAGCCCAAAAGCUUCCUUCUUUUGCUCGCCCACCAGUGACCAGUCUCAGAUCUCCCAAGUUCUUCAUGGCCUCAACUCUCAGCUCUGGCUCCAAGGAGGUAGAAAACCUCAAGAAGCCUUUUAUGCCUCCUCGAGAGGUGCACCUUCAAGUUACACACUCUAUGCCUCCCCAAAAGAUUGAGAUAUUUAAGUCCUUGGAGGAUUGGGCUGACCAGAACAUCCUAGUUCACCUGAAACCAGUUGAGAAGUGUUGGCAACCUCAAGAUUUUCUGCCUGAUCCUGCAUCUGAUGGCUUUUAUGAACAAGUCAAGGAAUUAAGGGAAAGGGCCAAAGAGAUUCCAGAUGAUUACUUUGUUGUUUUGGUUGGAGAUAUGGUCACGGAAGAAGCUCUUCCAACAUAUCAAACAAUGCUGAACACAUUAGAUGGGGUUCGGGAUGAAACAGGUGCAAGCCCAACUUCUUGGGCAAUUUGGACAAGGGCAUGGACAGCUGAAGAGAAUAGGCAUGGAGACCUUCUCAACAAGUAUCUCUACCUGUGUGGGCGGGUAGACAUGAAGCAAAUUGAGAAGACAAUUCAGUAUUUAAUCGGGUCAGGAAUGGAUCCCCGCACAGAGAACAAUCCCUAUCUUGGUUUCAUCUAUACUUCGUUCCAAGAGAGGGCAACCUUCAUCUCGCAUGGGAACACUGCAAGGCAUGCCAAAGAGCAUGGUGAUCUGAAGUUGGCUCAAAUGUGUGGUAUAAUUGCCGCUGAUGAGAAGCGCCAUGAGACAGCCUACACCAAAAUAGUGGAAAAGCUAUUUGAGAUUGAUCCAGAUGGAACUGUCUUGGCUUUUGCUGACAUGAUGAGAAAGAAAAUCUCUAUGCCUGCCCAUCUGAUGUACGAUGGUCAUGAUGACAAUCUCUUUGAACACUUCUCAGCUGUUGCACAACGGCUCGGGGUGUACACUGCCAGAGACUAUGCAGAUAUAAUGGAGUUCUUGGUGGGCAGAUGGAAGGUGGAGGACUUAACUGGACUUUCUGGUGAGGGACGAAAGGCUCAGGAAUACAUUUGUGGAUUACCUCCAAGAAUUAGACGGCUGGAGGAGAGAGCUCAAGGGCGGGCCAAGGAAGGACCCUCCAUCCCUUUCAGUUGGCUAUUUGAUAGACAAGUGAAGCUGUAAGCACAAUGUUGGAGGAGAAAUGGUCAAUCAACUAUGUUGCAAGUCCCUUGUUUCGGAAUGUUUCCCGAAAUCUAAUUUGAGUUACUAUUCACUAGCUUUUUUUAGUUUAGUGUGUGCUAUGAGAUGGGGUGUGUGCCCCUUUUGGUUGCCUGUAGAUGCAAAUUGUGUUGGGUCAGUUAAAAUUGCAUGUAAGGGUCAGCUGUAGUUUGAAUGUUUUGUGCUUCUGUCAGUCAAACAGUCACCAGUUACUGGUUUGUGUUAUGUCAGUGUUAGCAAACGGUCCUUUUGGCAAUUUUGUCGCAAAAUUAUGUCAAUUUCUGCCAGUUGUUGUUGACAAAGUAUUUUGUUUCUGUGCACAUUGGCCCUCUCUUCAAUGGAUUGUGUAUAUGUUAUGUAA